AUGGAAACAAUAGUAACGGUUGAUGUAUUGUUUGUUGAUUUGUUGAUGUUUGUGCUGGUUGUUCCUGUGCACAAAUCCAAAAACAAGUCCACAAUUGGACUUUGCCAGAGUGAUAUGUACACCACCACUCUCGGAAUGAGUCACCACCUGCAAAAGAGUGUCACCCACAGAGCCAGUCAGUGGAGAACCAAUGGUGCCAACUUCCAUGCCACCGACGGUGCUGAUGUUACCCCUGGGUGCAUCAAUAUAGCUCUGUGCUGGUUCCAACAAGGCCGAAAGUGCCAGGGUACACCUCCUGAGAAUACUCGGGACAGGUUCAUGCUGGAGGUCUCAGCUACUCUGAAGGGUGAAGGGGGCAUGUCGAUGAUUUUUGAAAUGCAGAGACCCAGACUGUUGGCUUCCGCUGCCAUGUGUGUCAUGCACCCGCAGCAAUACUGGGCUUCCGUCCGAACUCACAUCAAACUCAGUCAUUGGGCCGCUUCUCAGGGGUUGGAAUCUAGGCUAGGAAAGAUAUCCCUCAGAAAGAUAUCCCUAGGCUACAGUAAGUACAAGACUAAGUGCAAAAUAUAG